CUCGGUUCAGCAGUAGCACGAGAAAAGACCAGGAGAUAAAGUAAAGGCUGACCUCACCUGCUGGUUUUCUUCUGUUGACUUCAACCAAGUUCUGGCACUAUGAAGGUGGCCAUUGUUUUUGUCCUGCUCUUCGCCACAGUUCUCUGCCGACCGGCGAGAAAACUCUCUAACAGUGAAAGCUCUGACAGCUCUGAGGAGGUGGUGAGACGACCAGCGCGACCAGCCAUCAGAAAACAGCAACUUGCUCUUCCUAAGUCACAAUCGGCUCCAGUUAAGAAAGUUGUAGCUCCAGCUAAGUCCGCAUCAGAUGAGAGUGAAGAUGCUUCAGAUGAAACUGAGGAGGCGGCGGCUGGGCUUCCAGUACAGGUCAAAGCUGGUGGUGCACUUCCACAUGCAGAUACCAGUUCAGUCACCAGUGAGGACAGCGACGACAGCGAUGAUAACCAUGAUGACGACAAAGACGAGACUGACACAGAUGAUGAGGACUCUGACUCAGAGUCUGGCGAGUCGUCCACCCCCGUGCCCGUCACCGUCACCCCAACACCCGGCGUCGUCGAGCCGGAGACCACUGAAGAACCCAUCAACCCGACCGUCGUCACCGACCCCGACGCUGGUCGCGGGGACAGUUUGACAGGACAAAUUGAUGACUACAAGACCACCAUCUUUGUGGAGAAGAAAUCCUACCAGAAGGGUCCCAACCCAUACAAAUCCUAUGAGAUUGUUGGCAAGAAGGUGGCCUACGACAUGACUAACGGCAACGAGGUGGAGAAGCACCCAAAGGUUUAUAAGGCUUUCCAAAUCCACUCUGACAUCGUGGAAGAAGACACCAGCACCCCAGAGGUGGAGACCCAGGGCCUGGACGCCUCUUCCGGACUCUCUCAGGACCAGGACGUCAAAGUCCGGCAGGCCGCCGUUCCCGCUGAGGACGACAGCGCCAGCAGCGGGGCAUCCACCGCCAACGACAGCGAAAGCAGCAGCACUCCAGAGGAAGAGGAGGAAGAGGAAGGCGCCAGCUCCCCUAGUGACAGCGCCAGCGCCGAAUCCGAGGACACCCAGAGCAGCGAGGAGGCCACCGCCACGCCCGGCGCCGCCGACAGCGACUCGGACGAAGACGACAGCGUGGAAAGCGACUCGGACGAGGACGGGGCGGGGCCUAACCCCACCGACAUGCCGGUAGUCGUCACCGCCAAGUAAGGCGUCCAGGAAGCAGGGUGGACGGUGGCGUAAUCGUCACAAAACGAGCUGCAUCCUGGAGAACAGACGUCCCCUCUCCUCUCCUGAGGCCACUAAAACUGCAGGGUCAAACAGGGAAAACCACAGCUUCAUUACUAGUAGCUCUAAUCUUCUUCGGCAUUAUUUAUCUGAUUAUUUCUGAACGUCUGGAUGAAAACAAACGUUCCUGCUGUGGGUUUAUUUAAACAAGGCAAUACCUCCUGCUUUCUGUGGCGUGUAGGUUAAUUGGUCCCUGAGGGGAGAACACAGAGGAUGUUCACAAUGACGACUGCUACAGGAAGUCUUCUGCCCCCAGUCACCCUCUAACUGCAAGUCAAAACUGCUAAAUUAAAUCCUCUUGUCUUGUCCAACAAACAAGGCAAUCCACAUUUAUUAACUGCUAUUUGCAAACUGAUUUCUGUGCUUUAGAAUUAGAGGAAAAAGAUUUUUUUUAAAUAAUUACUUGUAAUAUUUUGAGUGUAAUUGGAAAUUUGCAGCCAGUGUGGCUAAUGCUUCAUUGCUAACUGGUGCAGAUGUUUUCUAUUGUACACAAAAGGAUGCAGACGGAUUAAAUUGCAUUGUAGUUCAGACUUGAGUCAGGAAAAAAAAGAGUAUUCAUACAUGCAACACAGUCUUGUUCAUUUGCACAGAUCCUACCUGCUUUAUGUGUUUUCAGUGUUGUUUACUGUAAUGUAUCAUAUUGUACCAUUUCUAAAGUGAUAAUAAAAUUCUUUUUCAUAUAAACA